GUGGUUCUUGCACAAGGACACCCACGGCCCCUCUGAUUGCAAACGUUUCUCAAUCUCUCGCUGAUCAGGGUGUUGAUGACUGCUGCUGGAUGAUGUCCCAAACCCUGAUUGAGUCACUCAGUGUCUUGCAAUGGAUUCUAACCUUCCUCACAAUGGGCAUCUCCUGCACCCUCCUGACUGUGUAUCUACUCUUUACAUCCUUCUGGCCGCUGGCAGCCCUGUAUCUUGCCUGGCUAACCCUCGACCGGAAUACUCCAGAAAGAGGGGGUCGGAGGUCGCAGUGGGUCAGGAGGUGGAAGCUGUGGACGUAUAUGAGGGACUACUUCCCCAUCUCGCUUGUGAAAACAGCUGAGCUCAGUCCUGAGGCCAACUAUGUCAUCGGUUACCAUCCCCACGGGAUCCUGUGUUUUGGCGCCUUCUGUAACUUCUGCACCGAGGCCACCAGUUUCUCCAAGAUCUUCCCCGGUAUCACCCCCCAUGUGGCGACCCUGAAUGGACUCUUUCGGUUGCCCAUCUUCAGGGAUUACAUCCUCAGCACAGGAGGACGCUCGGUCAGCAGGUCAAGCCUCACCCACCUCCUGUCAAAGAGCGGGGUGGGAAACGCGGUGGUUAUUGUAGUCGGAGGGGCAGCUGAAUCGAUGAGUGGGAGACCCGGGGAGCACUCACUCUUACUGAAGAACAGGAAAGGAUUCAUUCGAAUCGCUCUGAUGCACGGGGCCAAUCUGGUUCCUAUCUACAGUUUUGGCGAGAACGAUGUCUUCGACCAGGUUGUUUUUGAGCCAGGGAGUUGGAUGAAAUACUUUCAGCUGAUGUUCCAGAAGUACAUGGGGUUUGCUCCCUGCUUCCUCAAGGGCCGGGGCCUCAUGUUCAGCAGCUCCUGGGGGCUCAUGCCCUACACCAAGCCCAUCACGACUGUAGUCGGCGAGCCGAUCCCAGUCACCCAGAGCACAAACCCUUCGGAGGAGGAGGUUGAUCGAUACCACACCGAGUACAUGGAAGCUUUAAUCAGACUCUUCAACAGGCACAAGGUGCAGCACGGCCUGUCAGAGAAAGCAGUGCUGACCAUUUACUGA